AUGCGGCAGAGACAGACCAUCACGCGGGGGAUCUCGCCACCGCCGGUGCUUCCCUGGCCGCGGGGCAGCAUUUCUGCCGGGCCCUGCCGGCACGCGCGACGGCGCCGCUGGAGCCGCCAGCGCGCUGAGAAGCCGCGGGUUCCUCCGCCACCACGACCAAAGACGGCUGAGACGAUCGCGCCCGCCCCACGAGGCGGCGCCACGCGACAAACGCCGUUUCUGCGAAACCUGCGAGCCACGCGCUGGGCGCUGCAUGCGAUCGCGCCGUGUAAUAAAGUACGGCGGCGCCCCUCUCCCUUGCGGGUGCGCAGGCGGUUGGGGCUCUGCCUUUUCUUCUUGUCUAAGCAGGCGGCGGCGCGAAACGCCACCGCGACGAGGCCGCCCCUUUCAUCGCAGGAAGGCAAAGGCAUGGGGAUCGGAGAGGCGAACGCAAUGCGAGAAGAGAAGCAUCAUCCCAGUUGCCUUUGCCCUGCGCUUCAAACGGGCCGCCCAGCGACAUUGAAGUUAUCCUCGCUGCUUGUGCUUGUGUGCGCGCGCGUGUUUGCACAGGGCAACGGUGCGCCCAUCUUUUCCUGCGGGGGCGUGCGCGAGGUGGUGCUGUUUGCACCUGUUUGA